AUGGGAUUUUUAGAAGAUACUGAAGCUUCAAUAAAUUACUUAGAAAAGAUUGAUAACAAUCUCUCUCUUAUAAAAAACGAGUUAAAAGAAAUUAAAACAAAGAUAAAGAAACUUAGAAAAGAUAUGAGUAUUAUUAAGGAUAAUUCACAACACUGGAUUAACUUUUUCCAGUACAACGAGAAUGAUGAAAGCUUAUUUUCACUUGCUAAUACCAAAUCAGAAGUUAUAAUUGACGAUCCUUUUGCUGAUACGUUGCCAGAUGUUUUUAAAAGCACUGUUCAAAUUGAAAAUUUAGAAACGUUUGUUGAUGAUUCUUCAAUUCCUUACAGUGACUUAAUGAAUCAUCUUCCUGAAACCCUUAAAUCUGAACCCGUAUUCAUUGAACUUAAAGACUUCAUUAAAUCUCAACAGGUUGUUUCUUUUGAACAACUCAUAAAACGUUUUAGUACUACUUCAUCUGGAAAGCUUAAAAUUUUUAUCAACUAUUUACAGUCGAAAAAAUACGUAUCAAUAGAAGGAGAUAAGCUUUAUUUGAAUAAAUAA